AUGUUCAAGCCGAUGGUGUAUUUUGCUGCCUUAGUAGGGUUGACCAUUGGUGAGGGAAAAAUAACAUCUAUUUCCGAUAAAAGUACAGUGAAACGCGGUUUAGAUUCGCUUAAUUUUGGGUUUGGCGGGCAUAAUUCGAUCGGAGCUCAAUGGCCCAAUGUCGAUUGGGCUAAUAGCCAAAAGUUAACCCCGUGGAUACAAUCUAGUGGGUGGAAGCAUAGUCCGUCUCCAGCGGAGAUCGCUGCCACAAUCGCCGCCGCCAAGCAGGCGUCCGCCCAGGUCCUAAUUGCUCAACAGCAAGUUCAGGCCGCUAAGGAUAACGUUUUGAAUCAGCAAAAAAUUGCCAACGAAAAAGAAGCUAACGCAGCUUACGCUUCGCAGAAAAGUGAAGCCACUGCUGCGGUUCAACGGUCGGAAGCAGCGGCAGCUGCGCAGGCGGUGGUUUUGGCACAGCAUCGUCUGGCGUCGGCGAAAGCAAAUGUCGCGCACCAUCAACGGAUUGCCGCCCAGAAGGAGUCCCUAGCGGCGCAAGCGAUCCAAAGUUCGGCCAAGGCAGCGGCAGCUGAGAUUCAUCGUGCUGAAAUCGAAGCUGCGAAGCUGGCCGCUCACCAACGGGCCGAUGCCGCUUCUCUGAACCAUCACGUGAUUGCGACUAAGGACGAUGCAUUUGCUCCGUUGGUUUACGGGGGUAAUCAGAUUCCGACAAGUCAGCUGUACAGCGCCUUUGCAGGUCCAUGGACGGAUUUGGCUGCCCAAAAUCCGUGGGUGAAUGCGUUCAAUCAAAAUAAGCCGGUCUGGGGAUAA